CGCAACCAUGCUUUCGUGCUACGGGGACACGCGCAGGCCAGGUGGUAUUCGUCGUCGGGCCCUGAGACCUAUCCGGCCUGGCUACGUUCAAGGCCGAGCCAUCGUUGCCUUAGGAUUUAGCAAUGUCAUUAAGAGGAAUAAAAGUGAUAGAGCUCGCAGGACUUGCACCUGUUCCAUUUUGUGGCAUGCUGCUAGCAGACUUUGGAGCAACUGUGAUUCGAAUAGACAAAUUUGAUGAACCAUCGUUGGAUUGUCUUGGUAAUGGAAAGAGAUCGAUUGCCUUAAAUUUGAAAUCUGAAAAGGGUGCAAAAAUAUUUGAAAGACUGUGCGACGAAUCUGAUGUUAUAUUAGAUCCAUACAGAUCAGGUGUAAUGGAGAAGCUAAAAUUAGGACCCGAAAGCCUCAUGUCAAGAAAUAGGAAAUUAAUUUAUGCUCGCUUAACUGGAUUUGGCCAAACUGGUCCGUACGCUAAAAUGGCUGGCCAUGACAUUAAUUAUUUAAGUUUAUCGGGACUUUUAUCUAAAUUUGGUCGUUGCGAUGAGAAACCAACUCCGCCGUUAAAUUUUGCUGCAGAUUUUGGCGGCGGUGGAUUAAUAUGUGCUUUUGGAAUUAUGUUGGCCCUCCAUGAAAGACAUACAAGCCAAAAAGGUCAAAUAAUCGAUGCAUCGAUGGUAGAAGGAACUGCUUAUCUGGGAAGUUGGUUUUAUAAGUCACAAAACAUUUCAAUGUUGUGGGAUCAACGGAGAGGAAAAAAUUUACUCGAUACUGGAAGACCCUUCUACGAUACGUACGAAACAAAAGACAAGCGGUAUAUGGCAGUAGGUGCUUUAGAGCCAAAAUUUUAUGCUGCAUUUUUAAAUAAACUCGAGCUUUCCGAGGAUGAAUUUUCACAAUUUGAUAAUUUUGAGAAAUCUCGUGCAAAAUUUGAGGAAAUUUUUAAAACCAAAACUCAAGAUGAAUGGUGCAAAAUAUUUGAUGGAAGCGAUGCUUGCGUAACACCGGUUUUAAACUUUGACAACGUUGCCUCUCAUAAGCACAAUUCGUCGCAGAAGAGUUUCACUUUGGGCAAAGAUAAUUUAGUAGUUCCCAAUCCAGCUCCUCGUCUCUCUAGAACACCAGGUGUAUCGUGUGCCACCCAAACUCCCAAUAUAAUACCGGGCGAGCAUACGAUAGAAAUUUUAACGGAACAUAAUUUUACACCCGAUGAAAUAAAAAACUUUAUCGACAAUAAUAUUGUUGCACAUUCUCAAAAGAAAUCUAAGCUUUAGUAUCAUUUACAACAAAAAAUGAUAUAUUGUUAUCGAAUGAGCUUUAAAUAUUUAACAUUUAUAACAUUUUUC